CUCCAGUAACGGCCGGGGCGGGGCCGCGGUGAGGAGAGUCCGGCGGGAGCCGCCCCAUGAGCCCGCCCGGAGGCGGUGAUGGCUGAGUCCGAUCCUGGGGACAGAAACUAUGACAACAUGCUGAAGAUGCUGUCCGACCUCAACAAGGACCUGGAGAAGCUGCUGGAGGAGAUGGAGAAGAUAUCGGUUCAGGCGACCUGGAUGGCCUAUGACAUGGUGGUGAUGCGCACCAACCCUGCCUUGGCAGACUCCAUGCGGCGACUGGAAGACGCCUUCUUGAACUGCAAGGAGGAGAUGGAGAAGAACUGGCAAGAGCUGCUAAAUGAAACCAAGCCCAAGCAGUAGCCCCUGCCCUCCACGCUCCCUUCCUGACCCUCCGGGACUCAGCCCCCAGGGAGGAGAGAGUUGGGCCCCAGUUGGCUGAGAAGUAGAGAGCCCGACAUAGACAUGUACAUACAUAAGUGCUCACUGCCCAAUGAAGGUAUUUUCAAGCACA